AUGAAGGACAUUCUAAGUCAUAAGAAGGAUUGGAGAGAGACACAAAUAGUCCUCCUCACUAAAGAGUGCAGUGCAAUCAUACAAAACAGCUUACCAGAGAAGCUUAAGGACCCUGGAGGCUUUAUGAUACCAUGCACUCUAGGUGAUGCUUAUACAACGACAGCUCUAUGUGAUCUUGGGGUAAGCAUCAACCUAAUACCUGCUUUUUUAAUAAAGAAGCUCUGUUUGACUGAUGAAGUCAAACCAACCUGCAUAUGUCUUCAACUUGCUUAUGGUUCUAUUAAGAUACCAUCAGAAGUAAUCGAAGACAUGAUUGUCAGGAUGGGACCAUUUGCUAUUCCCAUUGACUUAGUGUUAUUGGACAUGGAUGGGCACAAGAGUGCAUCCCUUAUCAAAGGAAGACCCUUCCUAGUUACAGGACGGACCCUCAUUGAUGUUGAAAAAGGGGAAGUAACCCUGAGAGUCAAUGAGGAAAAGUUCGUACUGAAUGCUGUCAAGGCUAUGCAGCAUCUAGACAUUCGUGAGGAAUGCAUGAGCAUUGACCUCAUUGAUUCCCUGGUGGAAGAGGUCAACAUGGAAAAAAGCUUCAAGGAAAGGCUUGAUGAUAUCCUUGAUGAUAUUCAUCCUGAAAUAUGCAUUUUUGGGAGAGGGAGAUACUUAUUCUGUUGUUCCUAA